AUGACCAUGAACGCAACCUCAAGCCAGACCUUCUUCCCUGGCCACCAUUGGCUCUACUUCUCUGUGUACCUCUUCACCUUCCUCGUGGGACUCCCGCUCAACCUGAUGUCCCUUGUGAUCUUCGUGGACAAGCUGCGGCGUCACCCGGUAGCUGUGGAUGUGCUCUUGCUCAACCUGACCCUCUCGGACCUUCUUCUGCUGUUCUUCCUGCCGUUCCGCAUGGUGGAGGCUGCCAACGGCAUGCUCUGGCCCCUGCCUUCCAUGCUCUGUCCUCUCUCCGGAUUCCUCUUCUUCACCACCAUCUACCUCACCUCCCUCUUCCUGGCAGCUGUGAGCAUCGAGCGCUUCCUGGGCGUAGCCUACCCUCUAUGGUACAAGAGCUGGCCAAGGCUAAGACAGACCAGUCUAAUCAGUGGGAUCUGCUGGCUCUUGGCUGCUGGCCACUGCAGUGUGGUCUAUGUCACUGAAUUAUCUGGGGACCCCAUAAAGAAGUCACAUGCCAAUGGAACCUGCUACCUGGAGUUCGAGGAGUCCCAGCUGAAGGUUCUCUUGCCUGUCCGACUGGAGAUGGCUGUGGUGCUUUUUGUCGUGCCCCUGCUCAUCACCAUUUACUGCUAUAGUCGCCUGCUGUGGAUCCUCAGCAGAAGCUCCAGUCAUCACCGGCGGAGGAGGGUGGCAGGCCUUGUGACAGCCACAUUGCUCAACUUCCUUGUCUGCUUCGGGCCCUACAAUGUGUCUCAUGUAGUGGGCUUUGUCCAGGGUAAAAGCCCAGCAUGGAGAGGUUUUGUGUUGCUUCUCAGCACCUUGAACUCCUGCAUCGACCCCCUUGUCUACUACUUCUCAUCAUCUGGAUUCCAAGCUGAAUUUCAGGGGCUACUGAAAAGGAUGGCAGGGGCCUGGAGCCCUUGCAGGCUGAAGCAGAAUAUGGAACUAGAAGUGAGGCAGAAAGACGAGUCACAGCUACAGGAAUCGUCUAAGGUAGAAAAUUGGUAG